AACUUGGUUCCGCAUUCCCAGUGGGCUCACGAAUCAGGAAGAUAGUAGGUUGUAGACGGAAGGCAAUGAAAGACGGACGAUAUUUCCAGGAUGACCGGUAAAUGGAAGGAGUGAUGAGCUGUCAGUAAGAGAUUUCAAUAUUUCGUCAUUAAAGAAGCCAAAGAAAACACCUGAAAUGUCAGCCACGAGUAAAGAAAGCAGACAACGUCGCCAGAAUAACCUGUAUCAUGUUAUGAACAGCACUGGCCACAGUAGUAGGGAUGAUAUGGAUGAAGACCGGGAAGCAUUGAUACAGGACUCUGAAGUGCCUGGCUCUAGAGGACAUCGAAAUUACAAGGAUGAGAUGGGAAAUAUUAUGUUGCUAUUAUUCCUAUACAUUUUACAGGGAAUCCCACUGGGACUCGCAGGGAGCAUUCCUUUAAUCCUCCAGAGCAAGAACGUUAGCUAUACAGAUCAAGCAAUUUUCAGCUUUGUAUUCUGGCCGUUCAGUCUCAAGCUGCUCUGGGCACCAUUGGUGGACUCGUUAUACAUCAAAAAGUUUGGCCGUAGGAAAUCCUGGUUGGUUCCCACACAGUACGUUUUGGGAUUGUUUAUGAUGUACUUGUCCGUUAAAGUGGAUGGCCUCUUGGGAGGAGAUCAUGGGCCUGAUAUGUUUGCUUUGACUGCUACUUUUUUUCUAUUUGAAUUCUUGGCUGCCACCCAGGACAUCGCUGUAGACGGCUGGGCUUUAACCAUGCUCUCAAAGGAAAACGUGGGUUAUGCUUCAACGUGCAACUCAGUGGGACAAACAGCCGGAUACUUCAUGGGCAACGUUUUGUUCCUUGCUCUAGAGUCACCAGAUUUCUGUAACAAAUACUUACGAUUCACCCCACAACCUACAGGAAUGGUUACUCUUCAAGAUUUCUUGUUCUUCUGGGGAACAGUUUUUCUUAUAACCACUACCUUCGUGGCACUGUUGAAAAAGGAAUACCAGAGUGAACGACCCAACCGGGAGGAGACGGAGAGUGUGAAGGAAGCCUAUGGGCUCCUGUUAAGCAUAGUGAGAAUGCCAGCCGUCCUCAAGUUCUGCGUCAUGAUCUUAACUGCUAAAAUCGGUUUCUCUGCAGCAGAUGCAGUUACAGGGCUCAAACUGGUGGAAAGGGGGGUUCCGAAGGAGCACUUGGCACUGUUGGCUGUCCCAAUGGUCCCGCUACAAAUAUUACUGCCUCUGAUAAUCAGCAAAUACACUGCUGGGCCCAAGCCACUGAAUGUCUUCUACAAAGCCAUGCCUAUCAGGUUACUUAUGGGCCUUGAGUUUGCAUUGGUGGUGUGGUGGACCCCGAGAGUAAGCCAUGAAGGGGGGUUUCCCCUCUAUUAUUACUUGGUCCUGCUGCUGAGCUAUGCCUUACACCAGAUUACUUUAUAUAGUAUGUUUGUGGCUAUCAUGGCUUUCAAUGCCAAAGUGAGUGAUCCUCUUAUUGGAGGGACAUACAUGACCCUGUUAAACACGGUGUCCAAUUUGGGAGGAAACUGGCCUGCUACGCUGGCCCUGUGGUGCGUCGAUCAUCUGACAACGAAAUCAUGCAUUGGAGCCGAAGAACAGAGCUGCGCCAGCGGAGACGCUGCAGAGCUGUGUGUGAAAUCCGGGGGAACGUGCGUGACUUCAUUAGAUGGCUACUUCGUGGAGUCUAUAAUAUGUGUUGUCAUUGGAUUCUCUUGGUGGUUUUUCUUUGGCCCGAAAUUCAAGAACCUCCAAGACGAAAGACAGUCUGCUUGGAAAUGUCGACGAAGAAUUCAUUUUUAGGAAACGUUUUUAAAGACGAUUCCAGGUAUCCAUUUUUUUUUUUUACAGAAGACUGUCAAACACGAAGUAAUGUAGUUGGCAGAAAAGGGGAUGCAUUCCAAGUUCUACACAGCAAAAAAGGACGAUCCCAUCGUCUGUUUAUGGAUUCUUAGUCGUUUCUAUAUCUAAAUGUAUGUUAAGUGAAAAAGAGUUUUCACUUUCAAACCUUUCUACAUCUGGACAAAAUGCCAAACGGUACAUAAGAUUCUAAUUUAUUUUUCUUUUUAUAUCAAGCAAUAACUGGUUGAUUUGGUAAUAUAAAUGUCCCAUCAAUACACAGCCAGUCUUUGUUCGUAGUGUUAUGGUCACUUACUGUAUUUUUCUGAACGUGACACAACUGUUUAUUAAAUGUAAAAGCCUUCUAGAAGCAGACAUAUAGGAAGCUGGAAAGUAUGCGGCUGAUAAAACUGAUCCGCAAAAUCAAAACACAACUGAUUCUGCAUCUGAAACUCAAAACUAAUUUUCAGGUCUUCUUGUUUUGAGCUGAAGUUGUGUGGUUUUAGAAGUCCAAAUGAAGCAGCAUAGGGAUCGAUACUGUUUUAUAUCAUAGUAUUGCUAUUGGAAAUAAUACCUCGGUCUGUAUCUUUAUCAGCUAUUUCCGGUAGUAUGUUGCAUCAUUGAGGUCUGUUCGCCACAAGGGAGAUUGCAGGAGAGUUAAACAUUUUCACACCCUGAUAUCAAUGUGCAUUAUGAAGAAGAAACCCCCGUUGUACUGAAAAUAAAUGCUGAGCCAGCCCUCAUAAUUCCAUAAUUAAACGAUUAAAAAAGAGUUUAAAGAAAUCUCCCAUGUUACCUAUGCCUUCUUGCAAAGGAAAGUCGCUGGGGUUUGCCCUUGAUAACUAGGGAUGCACCGAUGUAUCGGUGGCCGAAAAGGGCACUAUCGGCAAAA